GCAAACCCCCAUCCCCCAUCCCCCAUCCCCCCAAAAUGGCCGGCCGCUCGGCGCCGCCGCGUCGCCGCCGCAACCGAGGCUGGAGCGGCCCCUCCAAGUCCUCCCGUAGGCCGCCACAGUCCCCCUCCACGCCCCCUUCCUCCGAGCCGCCCCUCGCCCAGAAGCCGCCCCUCGCCCCCGGCACCGAGGUCGAGGUCCGCGUCGACGACGACGGCUUCCACGGCUCCUGGUUCGAGGCCGUCGUCGACGGCUUCCUCCCCGCGCGCGGCCGCGGAUACCGCCCCCGCUACUCCGUCACCUACACCCACCUCCUCUCCGACGACUCCGGGGGCAUCCUCGUCGAGCCCUUCGCCCCCACCCACAUCCGCCCCCGCCCCCCGCCGCCGCCCUCCAACCCUCUCCGCCUCCACGACAUCGUUGAGGCCUUCCACAACGACGGAUGGUGGUCCGGAAUCCUCUUCGCCACCCACCCCCUAACCGCCGCCUUCCCCAUCACCCGCGAGGUCAUCACCUUCCAAGAUCCCCGCCACGUCCGCCCCCGCCGCGACUACGUCGACGGCCACUGGAUCCCCUCGCGGGCCGCGGUCUCCGUCAAGCCCAAGCGGGCCGUUAAGCUUUACGACGUCGGGGACAAGGUCGAGGUCGUCAGGGACAGGGAGGUGUACGGCUAUUCCUGGUUCCCAGCCACCGUCGCCAAGGUCAUCGAUGGCCUCAGCUACAUCGUCGAGUACACCGAUCUCGAGGGACACGACGGUGGGGGAAAGGCCAUGGAGUACCUGCAUUGCCUAUUCAUCAGACCAGAUGUGGAGCACUCUCCGCGGGAGAGCGAGUUCCAGCUCCGCCCUGGUGCCGCUGUCGAGGUAUACUGUGACGGGGCCUGGUCACCGGGCCUCGUCAACAAGGCAAUUGCUGAGGGGGAGUAUGAGGUUCGCGUCGAUGGAAAGGACCAAGAGCUGCUGCUCAACAAGGUGCCAGAGUUGCUCAAGCCGCAAUACAAGUGGGAUGGAAAGCAUUGGAGGAUUGUAAGUCCCAAGAGACAAGGUAACAGGCGUCAGUCUGUAUCAGGAAAGCGUCCAUGCUCAGCUGUUAAGGUGGCAUCCGGUGAUGAUGAACAUAGCAAUCAUGCUCAAUCUUCAGCCACAAAAAGGUCAAGGAAAGAACUGUCGCCAAAAAACCUUCAAGAGUUAACUGAAGGUCCUGAACAUGCAUUGGAGUCUGACAUGGACACUACUGUAUCUGCAUUACGCAAGUUACUAGCAAGCAGUUAUUCUCCCAAAUCAUGCUCUCCGAGCUCUGGAAAAAAUAACUUUCAAGUUCUUUCAAAAAGGAUAGUGAGUUCUUGUGCAGCACCGAUAAAGGGGCUUGGGCUUCUUGAUGCUUCCCCAGAACAUCCAACCCUGCAGAAUGAAUCAAGAGCACAUGGUAUUGUGGAAGUUGUUAUUCAAGAAAUCCCGCUUGACAUGAUGCAUUCAGAUGGUCAGUUUAGUACACCUGACGGUGGAACAAGUGCUGAUGAAACCCACACUAUGGUUUUGAGUGCAGGAUUAAGAAAACAGAAAAUGGAUUCAUCUUGUGUAGAUAAUGCUGUUGAGGAACCACUGGACAGCCCACUCUUUGUCCAGCCACUCCAGGUAGAGAAUUGUACUGUCAAGCAUAAAGGUGGGGAAGUGCAUCCUAUUCGAGCACUUCAGGGAAACAGCAACACAUUUCAUAAUAUUCAGUUGAAGGGUAAUGACAAUAGCUCUGGUAGGAACAUUGUUUGUGCUUUGACUGCUUCUACGUGCGGCACACCUUCACCGCUGGAUAAACAUAUGAGGGCGUCUGAUGCAGUGUCAAGAGGAACUGAUAAUGCCUCAACCACAAAGGUUUUUGCCUCUAAGAAAUCAGCUGAAAAGAAGAGAGGUAUAAAGAAAGUGCCAGGGAGACAGAAAGAAUGCUCCGUGGAGAGACAAGUGGAGAAGAGAGGACCUCAUACUUGCCAGCAGCUCAAUGGAAAUUUGGAGGAAGAAGUGAACGUGAAUGAAGUAACAAAUCAAGAACUGUUUCCUUUAGUACCUCCAGGCUUCAAAGCAAUCUGUAAUGGACAAGGUUUUCUUGAUGGGGGAAAAGUGGACAAGAGACCAAUUCAACUACAGAUCCAGAAUGCUGGGAGUUCACAGAGCACCAUGGACAACACAAUACUAAGGAGCUGCUCAGUUGUCGGGACUUCUCUGCACCCAACAUUUCCUUCAUGUCACAUCUCUGGUGAGCUUGCUCCAUUUGUAAAGACCUCGCCCAUAUGGGGUCAAAUUGAACCACUGGAAGUGUUUCAGAAGGUACCACAGGAACCCCAUUUCCUCCCACUUCAGCAAUUUGUGCCAGAACUGCGUGAAGGAAUGGCUAUAGGUCUAAUGGUGACUUAUGCCAGCUUAGUUGAAAGUGUGAAGAAAUCAUGCAUAAAAGACGACAUUGAUUUGUUUCAAAGGAAGAUGAGUGCACUUGCCCAUUUAGCGGAAAAUGGAUUUGAUGUUACGUCUUUGCAGCAUAGCCUGAGCAAACUGGUCCAGAUCAAAUUGGAGCACACUCAACAUCUUGGAGACCUGGGCAAGUUGAAAGAAUUGCUUCCGGGGAAGGAGUCUGCCGUGUCCCAGAAGUGCGCACUACUUGAUGAAAAGGAAGGAACAAUAUUUGAGCUUGAGCAGAGACUUGAGUACCUUCGUGGGGAAGCAGAGCAGAUUGCAAGGGAGACAAGAGAUGAAGAUGCAGAACUGUGUAGGCUGAAAGUGGAUGUUAACAUGGCUCAGGAAGUAUGUGGUGGCGAUGAAAUGCAGUUUCGCAGCACCCUAGCUGAGCUCCGUUCAAGGCUGCAGCUCUCCGACUGAUAUGAGCUCCGUUCACAGCACCCUAACUUUAUGUUGUCGUAACUUGUGUUCCAGGGCGUUAGGCAAAGAUUAUCUAGAAUUAGGACCUGAUGAAUGACAUGCAGCCGGUGGUCAAUUGCAAAACUUGCUGUUGGUUUAUGUAUUUUCUGAUGCCUCCUUUUUCUUA